CUCUGCCAAAUGACAGUCCCUCCUCCACCCACGCAUUCCCACACACAGGACAUAAGUAUCAGAGGAAGUUCCCUUCUUCCUCCAGCUUACUUUUGACGCAGAGCAAACGACAAACUAACCAAAAUGAGUUCAGAACUCGAGUGCGGAAUUUGUUACCGGAUCUUCAACAAAGGAUCGCGGUGCCCACGGGAGCUACAAUGCCACCACAGUUUUUGCGAAAGUUGCCUAGUGACUCUCUCCCGACACUCGGUAUUUAAAUCUGACCCUACGACGGUGUGUUCAGGCCGGGGUAAAACUAUUGGAUGUCCGCUAUGCCGACACAUCACCACUGUCCCAGAUGGACAGGUUAGAGGAGCUCUUCCGGCUAACGAAUGCGUCCUUGAGCUGCUGGUCGCCGCGGGAGAUCCUGAAGCGAGUGACACCGAGGAUAUGGAAGUGGAUGAGGAGGAAACUUGUUCUGACACUCCCACCGAGGACAACGUAUCAACGAACCGUGUAGCAGGUGGCAGGUUUCGCCGUUCGAUAUGUCGCCUAUGGGGAAAGAUCACCGGGAAUGGCCAAACCCAACAGAGGCACGGGACACAUUGUAUGACUGACAGCGAUAUGCGAGACCUCGCGCUUAUGUCAUGUUACAUCAUUUGAGAUAGGCAACAUCUCUCGUCAAGACAUGUCUUGUCAUGUCUGGUCCCGGGUCCCGACUCCCGAGACAAAGAAAAAUCACCGGUGCGAAGAGGAAUCUCAGGAAUGAACCGUGCAAGCGACUUUGUAACUAAUAUGACCGUGAAAGGACAUUAAGUAUUAGACUCCGUGGAAAGAAGUGCACACAUACACUUCGGCCAUCUCUUCCCCUAUUUACAAUGAGGGUUAGUUCAGUUAGAGCUCAAUCCUUAACUGUAAAUGGAUUGUCAUUCUCAAGCCUCUCAAUGCGGUCACUGAUGUGUUGUGUUGGAAAUUGUUUAGAAAAGGACAGUUUGGCUUUUAAUUAGGCCUAUAAGGAAUAGGCCCUAUACUACUGUUGUUGGUGCCCGAGCUGACAGAUUUUUACUGUAUGCAUGUCUGUAUUUAUUUUUCAUAUUGCUUAUUUAUUGUUAAGAGUUGGCUAUGUAUGUUUAUUUUAUAUAAAUACAAUAAUUUAUAUUAAUAUUUUGUUGGUUUCAGUUCCAUGUGUCAAUUAAUGCUUGGAUAGAGAUCGAUCAACUGGACAGUCUACUAUAGGAAACUUAACAAUACUUUUCCAACGGACAAUGAAAUAUAAUAUAGCCUAUUAUUCACAACCUGAAAUGAAUUAUAUUCUAGAAAACCAAAUAGUAAUCAAUCCAAGACAGGAAAUACUCGUACAGAUUUCGUCUUCAUAAUACGUGUAGCACUCAACAUCAGUGGCUGCACCUGUGCUGUCGCUAAGCAAGGUUAAAAACACCAGCUGCACCAAAUUAUUCUCAUCACAGGGUACAGAGUCAGUGCAGACACCGUUUGAGCGGCAAAUACUGGGGAUCAAAAACACUGACUCGCACCUUGUAAUCUUUGUUUGACAGUUUAAUAACUGUCAUAAUUCCGUGUCGUUUUUUGUGGUUAAUCGCAGGGAUGUCAAAGAAUAAUUUCAGGUAAGAUUUUGUUUUCGAAUGAAGAAACUCCACUUGCCAUUUUAAAGCAUUUCAUUGCUAUAAAGUUUUUUCAAGUGUCAAAAAUGUUGUCCGGAAGAAUUGUCUGUGUAUUAAAAUGAAGCGCUUGUGCCCUGCAGGCUUAUGAUUGUGUGCCUUGUGUUAUCAGCGUUUGAAGACCGUUCAGAUGCUUUCAUCAGCAAAAGAAUAGAAUUUGCCCAAGUGAAAGGCUCUCCCAGCACAAAGAGUGUGAAUUUUGGGCGUUCCCACUACAACCCAUACCAGUCUUCUGCUGAACAAACCACAAGGCCAGAGCAAUCCACACCAGAUGCUGCACACAUGGGUACUUAUGAGAACAACCGAAACAGGAGGAUCCCGGCCUACCUCUUGAACGAUUUUCAACCUAGGGCUCAGCAAGCAGAGAUGACUCAUUGGCCGCCCCGUGAACAAGAAGCUUCUCAUUCUAUAAAAAAUUUAGCAACAUCCUUUGUUAAAGGAAAUCCCCAAAAUGUCCAAGGGCUCUAUAGCUUCACAGGAACCAGACAAAUGAAGGCACUCAGUGAACGUUCUAGGCCUAAUGAUGUGAUUCACAAAAGUGAAUCUGGUGUCAGGCCUCCAGACUCUAGGUGGGCAAGGCCUUCCCAGUAUGAUGGCUCUCCUAAGGAAAACCCCAGUAUUACCAGCACGGACCAGUUAGUCCAUGGAUACCAGUUGAAGACAAGGACUAUUGAUGAGGAUCUAGAAAGUGUGGUCCAACCAGUGUCUGGUGCGACACAGACCCACCAGAGAGUAAGAUCAGGUUUGGAAGUGUAUCCUGGUUUGUCAAUUGAUGAUGCAAGCAAAUCCAUCCCUAACAACUUCUCACCUUUCACUCAACACAACCCAGUUAUGAACACCCAUGGCCACAGACACAUGCAACCUGCUCGAAACCGUUUAUCUUCCACCAACACUGAAAAUUCCCGAAGCGUGAACAAUCCCAUAUCCUCAUCUAACAUGAAUCCACAAGCUGGACCUCAUUAUAAAAUGCAUCGGUCUUCCCACAACAAUGGAGCGCCAUCAUCACAAGAGGAGUUCCUGUCUCAACCAAGUCACCCAAAAGUACCUGGUGUUCUCAACCGUGGUUUCGAUUCCAGUUUUCAGCCCGUGGCCAGAAGAUACAGCUUCGGUCCAUCUGACGUAGCCCCUUCUGUCCCAUCGCCCACCCCCUCUCCUGGAAGAGAGCCAGGUCAAGGGGGACCCCUCCCUGAUCGCUUUGCAACGCACCCCUGGGAGGGCCACACCAGAGGUAUUGUACCUGAACCAGAGCGCUCAUUCUUGACCUCCUUCCAAAGGGAAAAGAUGGCUGCCACAUACAAUCCAGGGCGAUCCACGAACGUGAACCACCUUCACAGAUUCCAGGGGUCGAACCAUCAGCGUCACAAGCCAUGGUUGGUUUCUACCGUGGAUGACGUCCAACUGUCACGUGGAGCCAUCGACAAGUCCUCGCCAAAAAAGUCAAAACCAGAGAAUCACAAUUUUGGUAAUACCAUCUACGAAUAUCCGUUGGUAUUCAAGAAGUAUGGCUUUGGCAAGAACAGAGCAACCAAUCCCACUCCUGUAAGAUCUCACUCCAUAAAAAUGGAAGGCCUCAAUGAACCUUCUAGAAAUACUGUUACAAUUCACAAAAGUAAUGAGUCUGAUGUCAAACCUUUGGCCCAUCUAGCAGCAAUGCCUUUCCAGAAUAGCAGCUCCCCUAAGGAAAACCCUAGUAAUGCCAGCAUUGACCAGUCUGUCAAUACAAAGCUGCCGUUUCUAGAAAGUGGGGUCCAACCGGUGUCCAGUACAACACUGGCCCCUCAGAGAUUAGGUUUUACUGUUCAUCCUCAUGUAUCAACCGGGGAUGACACAAGCAAAUCUGUCCCUUACAAAUUCCCACCUACUGCCAGUCUGGGUAAGAUGGAUCCAGUCAUCACCCAUGAGAACAUCCACAACCCAAGACUAUUUGAAAAUCAAAAAGGAGAGUUUUCUUCCUUGGGCUUUCCCACCCAAUCUCCUGUGAGUUCUGCCUCUAAACAGAGGGAGGGCACAGUUGCAUACCCGACUGAUCCUACUUCUAUUACCUACCCGACUGAUCCUACUUCUAUUACCUACCCGACUGAUCCUACUUCUAUUACCUACAGAGAGAAUGUGUCAGAUGGACUUGGCAAAACACAGACUCGCCACAAUUUGGACAAACCUGGCAGCCUGCCAAUCUGGCAACCCAUAAAUCACACACAAUUAUCCAUUAUGCCUGAAUCCUCUACCGCCUCCCCUGUGCUGGACCAAAGUACCACUGACCCGAGAAGCAACAAUGAGAUUUUUUCACAAAGAGAAGCAGCCCUCGGCAUCUACAGGUUGAGGGGAAAGAAACUAAAUAGGACUGUUGGCCAUGGUCCUAAAUUUACACCCAAGAAUAUCAAUUCUACCCAGAAUUCUUUGGAGCUACCUGCAUCCGAAACUAGAACUAACGCACAGCCUGUUGCUACAGCAACUGACAAUGCUCUAGCAACUCCCUGGAGACCACAGCCCGACCCUGAGGCGGUAGUAGCCAACCUUGUGAAUCGAACCCCCGAAAAUGGAUCCCCUGUCCAAGGGAAACCAGUACCCCAAACUGCUGCUGCCAAAAUAGUCCCCACAUUGUAUGAUAUCCUGUAUAAAAAUCCCACAAGUAGUGUAGUGAGAGGAAAACUUGUGAAGGGCAAAUUACCAAUAGCCCAAAAUCAUAAUGGCUCCUUCACCAUCAUUAAGACACAUUUUCCACCCAUAGUUGGGUUAAACAAGCAUAUCAACUCUAUGCCUAUCCAGUUUGCUGAUGUUGCAGGAAGUGCAUCUUUCAGUAGCAUUAAAACUGAAAAGCGCCCACGAGUUGGCGACCCCCUGCCCGGGUUGCACUCGCCAACUGACGCCAAAGCAACAGCCAAUCAGGAGGGACGUGCUCAAAUCCCAGCUCCAAUCAGGAAGGACCUAUCAUCCAGAGGGGCUUUCUUUUCCGUGGGUGGAAGUCGUCCCAGGAGCGCCUCACGAGUCUCCAAGCAGGAAGGGCGUGAGGAUGUAGGGGGUGAUGGCAGCGUGCUGAGGCCUGGUUAGAGUGGAAGUCGAGGGUGUGGGGAGAGCAAACGUGUUGAAAAUUUAGUGGUUUAAGCACUGGCCCGUGAUGGUAGCAUUGUUUUGAAACUGCCAAAGGAGAUCUGUCACAGGACAGCUGCAAUAAGAAAGGUGACAAACCCAGGACAGGAGACCCAUUUCUCACAGAACUAGAGAAACAUAUGACCAACCUUUAGUGGUCAUCAUGUUUGAAUUAAAAGCCUGUGUCACCUUGCAUGCUCAUAUCCACA